AUGGGAUGGGUAUGGUACAUCCGGCCGGAUCUGGUGCCUUUGGGUAUUUCAAAUGCACUAAGGACAUGUUGGGAUUUACAAAGAGCGGGGAAGGGAAAGAGACAGAGAUAUUCAUGCAUUUUUCAACCGCUACAUUUGGCAAAGAGUUUCCGGACCAAUGUCGUGACCCGCCCAGCUUUGCCAUCAAGCACUAUACUAAAGACUGAAGCUGCGAUAUUGUUGGACUCAAUUGGCCCGUUUUCUUCUGUCGCGACCCAAUGCGGGGCCCGGAUGUCAUUAAAUUUUGGUAACCUUAAGGCCACAUUCUGCUUUCUGAGAACCAGCAGCCAUGCAGGCAUGAUGCUUUUUAGUAACCAUGGGCAUUCAAAAGGCUGGCGGAGAAUGCACGGGUUUGGCUGUCACACUUUUAAAUGGUGUGUAUGGACGAUUCCUGUUGCAUACGCACUUUAUCUGCGAUCAGGAUGUGGUAAGGCCCAGUUUGUUGAUACCGGGAAUCUCUGGCAAACUAUAGAGAAAGGAGAGCUAGUCUCCUGGACGGCGAAAGCUCGAGUCAUGAAACCCGAAGAGGCCGGCCGGGUGAAGCUCGGUUUCGAUCCCUUUGACGUAAUCGGGAUUUGUCCAGGAAUGGGAUUUCCUAUGCAAGAUUUUGGAAGACUCGUCUUGAACAAGAAUCCGGAAAACUAUCAUCGCGAUGUAGAGCAAUCGGCUUUUUCUCCAGGAAGUAUGGUCCCUGGUAUCGAGGAUAGCCCAGACAUGCUUCUCCAAUUCAGAAUGGUCUUCUACCGUGAUGCUCAGUAUCAUCGUAUUGGCAUCAACUUUCACAAUGUCCCAGUAAACUGCCCCUUCAGGUCCCGCUCCAACGCAAGCAUGAGCUUUGGUGGCCCCUUCCGUAGCGACGGGAACAUCAGCGGAAACCCUCACUAUGCCCCCAACAGCUUUGUCAAUAAAUUCCGUCCCGACACCGCCGAAGCGCCAUACUAA